CACAUAGUGAUGCAUGUAAAUCAGAACCUAGCAUUCAAAGACCCACCACUCUAAAUGUUGUCCCUCAUGUUCAGUGUGAAACCUCUCAUAGCUUUAGUUUCCCUGCAUUAGAACAAAAAUUUCAUGACACCUGUGUAAAUGUUUAUGAAGAAGUAGAUCCACCUUCUUUUUCAACUGAUUCUAAAAGUGUAUCAAGGAUUUCUACAGAUGCAAAUUCCAUGGCUUCACCUAGCAGAAAAAGCCUUGAAAACUGGUACACAUCUGAAUCUAGUCCAAAGAUGAAUUCUUUAGGUGAAGAAUGCACCAACACUGUAAUUCGGAGAAGUCAGGUAGGACAUGGAACAUCGGAGGACAUUGAGUACUGUACCAUGCCUAAAGAGUCACAAAACAUCAGUUUUUCAGAAGUGAAAACGGAAGUUCAGCCUGAACCCAUUCCUGUUUCUUCACCCCAUAAGUCCAUGAAAGAAUGCUCAGAGGCUGCCAGAACAAUGAUUCAGCAUCCAGAGACAAAUUAUUCAAAAGAAAUGCAGCAAUCAAACAUAACGAUCCAUUCAUCUGAAAGGCAAGAUUCUAUAUCUUCCAGAACUUGUACUGCAAAUACAAGUCUUGUACCAGUGGAACGUAGUGGAAAAGAUGAAGGGUAUUCCACAAUGUCUAGUGAUGUACAGACAGAAGUAAACAUGGCCAGUAAUUCUGUUGAAAAUAACCAAGACCAUACAAUAGACACAGAUCCAGCUCCUCCAAAAUACAUAAUUAAUGCCGUGGAUGUGGAUUCUGCAAUGGUAUCAUCAUCUGACAGUGGUUUGGGGUUACUCCAAGGCCCACAGAGUCAGAAGCAAUUGUCAGAGAACCAUGAAGAUGGAUGUGUGGGUUUUGAACGAGAAUUAGACAGCUCACUGAUUAGGAGUGAAAGAUUUGUCUCCUCUGCAGGUAAAAAGCAAGUAACUAGAGUUUCUCCUACCUCACCUAAAAAUUAUGACAAAGACAGGAUACAUUUUGACAGUGGCCUAGGAGACUCACCCCCUGUUCUUCGGUUGUCAUCGUUCUCUGAGUCAGAAAAGAAGAGUUCACUACAAUCUAAUCAAUCAAGCUUAGAUUCCAGCUAUGAUAAAAUUAUUAAUCUGCUUACUCCUCAGGGAUUCAAGGCUGGACGAAGUGAUAUGAGGCGAGUAACAUAUCCAGCCAUUAAGUUACCCACAUCUUGCCAAAUUGAAACUGCAGAAAAAUCUACUUCAAUUGAUCUUCUGUGUUUAGGGCUAGAUUUUCAUAGUGACAGUAGUCUCUCUCUAUCUUCUGUUGGAAGUGGUGGUCGACUGAAAGUAUUAAAGGGACAGAAAGACAACCACCAAGUAUGGAGAGGAUGUCAUAAAUUUUCUUGUUCAGAAUCUUCUAUUGGUAUGAAAAACAAGAAUAGGAACCUAAUGGACCCGACUAGUAUUUCUAGUGUAGAAGCUGAUUAUAUCCAAAAGACAUUUGGUGAAGAUAGUACAUAUCAAAACAUUCAUUGUGGGUCUGCUCUGAUGUGCCCAUACCCUAGUACAUAUAAAAACCAUAUUUAUCACAGUCGUUGCCAAAGCUGUUUAGAGUGGCCAGUAGAUCCGUUAGCAAUAAACUCUUCAAACAUAAGAAAAUUUAUAUCAGAUUCCUGUCUCUACAUCAAAGAACAUGCAGGGUAUCUUUUUCAAGAUCUUAUGAAAUUAGAUCACCCAUUAGAGCAUCACUCAUCAGCUCAGAACCUUACUUACCCUCCUCCAGUUUCUUCCUCGGGUAUCAUACCAGGUUUACGACGAACCCAUUGUAGAGUUCUGGUGGACCAAAGACAAAGUAACACAAAAUUUAAACAUCCGAUUUCUCCAAAAACAGAUAGUCAACAAAGGAAAAAGCAUGAACAGGAUCCUCCACACAGUGUAUCUCUCAGUUCCAUCCAGUCAUCAGCCUCUGGACAUUCCAGCAGUGAAGAAUAUGAGGAAUGUGAUUUACCUAAUCUGAAGUACUCAAGGGAUUAUUACUUGAGUAGUGAGAGUGAAGAUGAGUAUAAUUUGCUGGAACAUCAGAGUUUUGUUCAACAGUGGCUCCAAGAAGAUAACUCUCAGCUACAAGAAUCAAUCAAGAACUUGUAUUCAUAUGAUGAAGAAGAAAUUGGCAACUGGACUUUCCAGUUAUCCAUUGAAGAUGUCAGCCAACCUGCCUGUGAUAGUUGGGAUCUAACACUUCCUGUCCAGGAACAUUUUAACAAGAUUCAUCUAGGAAGAAUUCAGGAAGAAUCAUCAGUGGCAGAAGAUGUGUACCAAGAGGAAUUGUGGAAUAACACACUAUGGACAGAUAGUAUUGGUCAGCAAGAACUACCUCACAUAUUAGUUGCAACAAAUAAUGAUUCCAAUCCCAAACUGACUGACAUUCCAACUUGUGAAAAAAAUUAUAAAGAUAUGAUUGACUCUCCUUACAAUGACGAAUUUAAUAAAUCUUGCCACUCAAGCAUGUCAACCAGCUUCAAGGCAAAUUCUGUAGUAUUACUUGAUGAGCGAAUUAAUAAGAAAAUGGUUUAUCCCAAGUUUUUUAAAAGUGUGUCACUUCCAAAUCUAAAAGUUACUUGGAAUAUCACAGGUGAAUAUGAGAAUCACCAAGAGCACAGAAUGAACAAAUCAACUGAGUCUGAUGUUAAUGAAAAAAUGCAAAAUAAGGAACCUAGUAGUGGUGUAAAUGAAGAGGAGAAUUGUGAUGAUGAAGUUAUCCCAACUGACACAUCUGAAUUCAAUAGGGACUUUUACAGACUGUGUCCUCUAGGUUCCAAUAAAAGUUUGAAUGAUUCCCCAAAAACUUUACCAAAGUCUAAACCAGCGAGCCCCAUAGAACAUGUAAGCCAUACUAUAAUGCCCUUAUUACAAAAAUCUUAUUCUAAGGAUCUGGAUAGUUCUCCUGAAGACUUAUCGAAAUAUAAAGAAGAGGACAGUCUGAAACAAAAAGAAAGCUCUACAGAAAGUUUAUCGACGUUAAAAGAGCAGUGCUCUAAAAAUUAUGUUAAUUCUGUAAAGAGUUCACCAAAUUCUGAAACAGUAAAUAUGUUAGAAGAGAAAGGGAGUUCUUCAAUAAAUCUGUUAUCCUUAGAAAAGCAUAUCAUACAAGGCCAUGGAGAUUCUUCAAAUCCUGAGCAAGGAGGUGGUUUUAUAGAAGAUUUGUCAGUAAGAAAACAAGAGCUCACAAGCCUAUCUGAUGAGUAUCCAGAGGCUAUUCUACAAGGUGAAUCGGUGAAUGUUUCUCAGCAGGUAAACAUCUCUUUAGAAAUGUUAGCACAAAAACAGUUUGCUACUAAUUUGAAUGACUCUCCAAAUAAUAUUUCAGACUCUGAACCAUUUAAAUAUAUAGAACAAAAUGAUUUGGAUACACACCAAAACACAGGUAUAGAUGUUUCAUAUAGUUGUGUUUCAGAAAGAGAACUUCAAGCUCCAGGUGAACAACAAUAUGCCUCAAAUCCUUGUGAAAUAACGUCAAAUUCAUCAGUUCUCAAAGAAGUUCCACAUCAGGAUGUUGAAUCUGAGUUGCAUAACAGUAAAAGUACAAUUUUACAACAGGUGAAAGACAAAGUUUACAGGAAAGAAAGUUCUAGAAAACAAACUCCUUCUAAAGUGCAAGACAAGAAAAUAGCUCAAAAUAUUUCUGUGGAAGUAAAGGAUCCAAAAGAAUUUCUUAAUGUAAAAGGAAUUCCUGCACAAGAUCUGUGUGUGGUUUCAAAACAAAGUCAUAAAAUUCCCUCCAAAAAAUCCAGAGGCAAAGCUGUUUUCAGAAAUUCAGACUUCCAAAGCCCCAUCCAUUUUCAUGAAAAAGAAAAAUUAAACACACAUGAUAAAAGUAAGAUUCCAAUUAUAACAAAGAGCCCAACUCAUCGUAGAAGUCACAGCAGUAUUAAUUCAGUUAACUUCAUUAUCUCUUCUGAUAAGCAGAACAUUGAUAAAAGACAACAAGUAGUGAAAGACAAAGAUUGCAAUAUCAAAUAUCCACAGUUUCAACAUCAAGUAGCACAACAAGUUGGACAAUCUCACUCCAGAUUAAAUGGUAGUGGAAGAAAAAAUGGCAGUCCAGGAACUAGAAGGAACUCUCAAAAAUAUGGUUUUAGAAGAGAGUUUGAAAGUGAAGGAAAAGAUAUUAAGGUUUUUUUGAAAGAGAAACCAAAAUGGGAAAAUAAAAGUAGAGAAGAUGUACAUAUUAAACAAAAAUAUAGUAAUCAGCCUUUGGAAAAAGAUAGUUUUCCAAAGAAAGAAAAAGGAAAAUAUAAUUUUAAAGACUUGCUAAUGCCUAAAGAAAACGUAACAUUUAACUUUGAAAAUGUUCCAGAUUUAUCUGUGGCGGAUAAAAUUCAGCACUUAAAUUCUCUUCUUGCUGAGAGUGAGAAAGAAAGAACAUCUUUAAUUCUUUCUUUAAAACAAUCAGAAAUACAUAGGCCAGAAUUAGUCCAAGAACACCCAAGUACAGAAUCUGCUUUAGAAAUGGCAUUUCAUGCUUGUAGACAAGAAACAGAAGAAGCCCAAGGAUGUUGUGAUAAAGAAGGUUGUGGAACAUCUUGGAUUCAUGUAGAAGCUGAUGUUGACCUCAGUGAUCCCAAGGCAAGAGCCAAGCUGUUAGAUUCAAUGAUGGCUAGCAGCAGCAGCAGCAGCAACAGUGAGGAAGAUGAUGAUGGUGAUGAAGUACAGGAACAUCAACACAAUCAACGGCUUCAUGCUCUACACAGAUUCCGUAGGCAGAAGAAGCGAGCCUCCAACCGAGAUGGAGUAAUUGGUUUUAUGCCCAAAAUACGGACAUCUAUCAUUAACUCUCACAAUUUUUUCUACCGGUUUGGAGAGAAGGAGAGAGAAGCUGUUGCUUGUUUUGACUUUUUGGAUGAGUUUUCCACCUCUCCUAGUGAAGUAGGAUCUUCUGAAGUUUUAAAUGAAGAAAAACGAUCAAUAACUCCUGUUAUUGAAAACAAUAACGUCAUUUUGCCACAGGAGUCCAUAGAAACGUCCAAUAUUCUACAUCCUUUUGAUGUAUCUGUGUCCAGUUUUGCUCCUCUUGACCAUUUGAAUCUAGAAAGUGCUUUGACAUGUGCUAACAGGAGACUGACUGAGAGUUGUCUGUCAUCCAUGACUCUGCUCUCCCAAGAUGGAGAAUCAGUAGACCACAUUUCUUUCAGUGACUCUUGUGCAGAAAGUUAUUCCUCAUCAACUCACAGUCUGAAUCGCAUGUCAUGAACUGGCUCCACAUCUUCCUUCAGCAUGAAGAUGCUUCUCACUUUUAUUUUGAUGUGCAGAUUAAAUUAGGUGUUGUGAAAAACAUGUGUUAAUAUAUUCAUGGCUUUUUUGGAGAACACAUCAUUCAAAAGAGUUAAUUGUAUCAAGUACAAAAUAGACCAAAUAUUCAAGUGCUCUGUUAUUCUUUCAAUGAGUAAUGAAUUUUUAUAAGAGCAUUGCUUUUUGGUAUUGUUUGGAAAUUAUUUAUGGGUAUUUAAUUUACUUGUUUAAGUAUUUGGGCAUACACAGUCUGAUUAUUUAUAUUGAAAUGUAUCUGUAAGAGAGCAUUCAUAACUAAAUAAAACAUGUUACUAAGUAUUAAACCACUAGAUGUACAUGUUAAUGUUUGUUCUUCUGUGAUGAUUGUUUUAUAGUAGUUGGUCUGAGUACUGUUAAAGCAUAAAAACUAACUUUUUUUUUAUUGGUUAGAAGUUAAAUAUCCUAAGACAAUUUCAGACUAAACAUAUGUGAAAAUUCCAGUUAUUUUCUGUAUGAAUUUUGAUAUUGAAGUUUAGGCUAGUUUGCUCUUUGAAGGAUGUGAAGUUAUGUGUAUAUGAGUCAGAAACAGGCAAUAAAUGGACUUUGUAUAGAUUACCUUAUCUGAAAUUUUAGCAUAUCAAAUAAAGAUCUUCAUACAAGAAAUUAUUUUUCUGCUUAAGACAGUAUUUUAGGUAAUUCAUGUGCAGAGCUUAGAAUAAAAUACAAACGUUAAACCUACACCUGCAAGUCUCUAUUUUCUUAAACUAAUUUUCCAGUGUUUGAAAUGAGUUUUACAUUUUAUCCAAAAUUGCUCGUUUUUGUGUACAAAAACGUUUUCCCAAUGUAUUUAUUAAUGCAUCCAACCCUCCACUACAUUCUUACCUUCACAUAUCAAAUCACUGUUUAACCCUUAAUAGAAAUGUUCAGUUAGUUUUAUCCAUUUAUAUAUAUAAAAUGUCAAACCCUU